AUGGAACCUGAGUUUCAACACGCAACCCCACGCUCCAGAGAAGAAGAGGAAGAGAUUGACAGAAGCACAAAGAAGUUCAAAGACAGUAGUGGAGAUAAUCCUUUCAUUCCAACUCGUGGUCAGGUAAGUUACAAAGAUAGUCUUAUUGGUGAUAUCCCAGGAGCCUAUGCUCAAGCUUUUAGCUUUGAGAAUGAAGAGGCUCUUGAAGCAGAGUCUGACUCUGAGUUAGAAGAAAUUACAAAAGGUCUGGUAGAAGUUAAACUUACAAAAGAAACUAAGAACCGUAUCAGGGCACCAUGGGCCAAAGCUUUGACAGUGAAAGUGUUUGGUAGAACUGUUGGAUACAACUAUCUCACUUUCAAGAUCAAUGCCAUGUGGAAACCCACUGCUAGAAUGGAUUGUGUAGAUUUAGGCAAAGACUUCUUCCUGAUAAAGUUCUAUGACAAUGGGGACUAUGACAAAGUUUUACGUGGUGGUCCAUGGUUUAUUGGCGGACAUUUUCUGGCAAUCAAACCUUGGGAGCCAUAUUUCAAAGCUUCAGAGUCUAGUUUCUCAUUAGUGGCUGUCUGGGUUAGAUUUCCAGAGCUGCCUGUUGAGUUUUAUGACAAGUUAGUCCUUAUGGAAAUAGGCAAAGCCAUUAGGCCAGUCCUUAGAAUUGAUUCCUAUACAGCUUCUGGUUCAAGAGGCAGUUAUGCUCGUUUGUGCAUACAAAUUGAUCUUAAGAAACCACUAAUAAAUACCAUUAAAGUGGGAUGGUUAUACCAGAAAGUGAUGUAUGAAGGGUUAUCAGCUCUAUGCUUCUGUUGUGGUAGAAUUGGACAUAAACAAGAAGCAUGUGGGUAUCCUGUACAACCCGAGGAAAACACCUCUUCACCUAAACCACCGCCUAUGCAAUCAGAGAAGAAGACUCCUCAAAAGCCGGACCAAAAAUUUGGGGAGUGGAUGUUGGUAACUAGAAAAACGGCCAGUCAAGAAUGA